AUGGAAGGUUCCUGCGAAGAAAAUGUGGAUGUGGGCACCGUGGAAGCUCAAGAACAUGUGUUUUCACAACCACCCCCACCCCCACCCCCACCCCCACGUGUUCCGUCUACAUCCUCACCUGCUAAGCGCUCUACUACUCUCAACAGUGGUGCGGUGAUACGAAGUCCAAUGGUAAUGACAUCAUCACAUACAUAUGGUCUUGAUGGUUUCUCUUCUGGUAACUCAAUGCCAAGAGCUGUAGAGGAUGCUUCACCUUUGUCUACAACUACAGCUGCUGAGUAUGCAGAAAUUGAACAGAAACAAUUAGAGCUACGAAGUGUCGUAGAACACCGCAUAGUAACACUUGAACGUUUGUUACAACGACGUGAAGAGGAACUAGUAGAACUGCGUCUUCAGCUUCAAAAAACGGAAGAAGAUUAUCAGUUUAACUAUAAUCUUAUAAAGGAUCGUGAUGCUGCCCUAGAAGAAGCAGCCACACAGUUACAAUCUCUUUAUGAUGAACUUAAGAGAUAUAAGGUAGAUGAGGUCAACACUAGAAAACGUUUAGAAGUUUUAGAGCAAGAAACACAACAAUUAAGACAACGACUUCGUGAAACAGAAGUUCAACGCGAACAAAUGGUGCAGCGAACACAACAGACAUAUGAACAAAAAGAAAAACAGUUAAAAGAAAUUUUUAUGGAAAAAGAGAGAGCUUUAGAAUCUGAAAAACAAAGAUUACAUGAAGAGUAUUUGCGACGGUUUAAAAAUCUUGAUGAUGCCAGGGCGGAAUUGUCGGAAAAGAAUGAUUUAUUAGAGGUUCAGUUAGAGAAAAAGUGGAAGCAGGAAGUAGCAAGACUAGAGCAGAAGAUUUCUGAAUCCAUGGAUGCAAUGGAUCUAAUGCAGCGUGAUAAGUCAGUAAUUGAGACCCGUUGCACGGAGACAUCUCAGGCCCUUUCGCUACUAAAGUUAGAGUAUGAGGGUCUUAAAGGACGUUAUGAAGUAUUAGUUACCGAAUCGAAAGAGAGAGAUCGAAAUUGCACAGAGACAUCUCAGGCUCUUUCGCUACUAAAGUUAGAGUAUGAGAACCUUAAAGGACGUUAUGACGUAUUAGGUGUCGAAUCGAAAGAGAGAGAUCGAAAUUGCACAGAGACAUCUCAGGCUCUUUCGCUACUAAAGUUAGAGUAUGAGAACCUUAAAGGACGUUAUGACGUAUUAGGUGUCGAAUCGAAAGAGAGAGAUCGAAAUUGCACAGAGACAUCUCAGGCUCUUUCGCUACUAAAGUUAGAGUAUGAGAACCUUAAAGGACGUUAUGACGUAUUAGUUACCGAAUCAAUGGAGAAGCAGCGUAGGUACGAAGAGAAGCUGAACGAGUGUAACGCUAUUAUGGGACAGAGUGUUGCCGCUGCCGAGGACGGUAUUCGCCAGCAGACACUUCGGGUAACGGCGCUGGAUGCGGAGUGUGUCCAUCUGCGGCGGCGUGUGGUGGAGUUGGAGUGGGCGCUGCGGCUGGUCCGUCUGCAGUGGGCGGAGGAGGCCGGGCGGGCGGAGGAGGCGGCCGCGGAGGCGACAGAGCGGGGGCGCCUCGUGGGGGCCCUGCGGGCGGAGGAGCGGCGGGCUGCGGCCGAUGAGGUCCGGCGGGAGGGGCGGCGGGGGCGCGAGGAGGCGGCGGAGGCCCGGCGGGCAGCAGAGGACGCACGCGAUGAAGUCGUGCGCCGUACCCGCGAACUCCACGAGACUAGCGAGCGGGCGCAGGCGGAGGCAGCACGACUCACACGUGAACUCCACGCCAGCGAGGCCGCACGUCGCGCACUAGAGGAACACUUCCAUCUCGCCGUACAACCCGGUAGCGGCGCCGCACCCGCACUCAUCGAGUCACUCCGCCGCGAGAAGGAGGCACUAGAGCGCAAGACAAUAGAACUUGAGCGCGCUAACGCGGCGAUAAGGGACCAAGUAGCUACUUUUACUAUGGAACUACAGAACGAUCCGGCUAUUAAGUCAGCAAAGGAUACGCAGCGGCGUAUGAAUGAGCUUCAGGAAGAGCUGCUCCAAGCGCGGGAUGAUAACCAACGACUGCGCGAUAUACUGCGAGAGAAGGAGGAAGAAGUUUCGCGGUAUCAGCUGGAAAUUCUGCGGUCGCGAUCGACUGAGACUGCGGCAACGCAUCACCGUGAAAAAGAAGACAGACGUCUUCGUGAAGAAGUCAAGACUGCGAAAGAGUCUUAUGAGCGCAUGCGUCAAGCGCUAAAAGACCUACAACAAAAACAACAACAACAACAACAUCAGCGGCGACACCAUGGACGACAUGAAAGAUCUGGCAAGUCAGUAAAGCGUGAUGUAAGCAGAAACAGUAGUAGUAGUGAUUGUAGUAGUGACGGGACUAGCAGUAGCAGUACCUGUAGUAAUGAUAAAGAUGUGAAGGCCAACAAGCGUGGUCACAAGAAAGUGUUAAGUAGUACAACACAGAAAGAAACAGUUCUAUUACGUGAGGCAGAGAUGUGGCGGCAGAAGUAUUUGCAACUUGAGCAACACGUUCGUGAUUUGCUUCGUGAGCGUGAUGUACUCAGAAAGGAACUUAACCUGACUAAACAGGAUGUAGACGCACUGACGAGCGAGAAACGCUCUCUUCUCGAUCUUAAUUCUCUUCUAAAGGCGCAAUUAAGGGAUGCUUAUCGGACAGCACUAGAAUAUCCACCACCAACACCACCACUACCAGUUCCACUACCACUACCAGAAGGACAACAACAACAACAACAACAACAACAACGAGAAAAAGUUUCCACUUCACAUCAAAUGAGUUCGGGGCUUUCCGCUAACCGAACAGCGACGAAAGAAUCGUCUUAUUCGGUCCCACAUCUUGCAGUAGAUAAUGUUUUUAACAGUACUACAGCCCCACAAUCUUCAGCAGAAGCAGAGCGUAUUUCAGCUUUGGAGGAGGAGCUAGCUGCAAUGAAGGCGUUUAUGGUGACGCAGCGUCAGGCAUCCAUGCGUACGUCUCAUCCUUCGGGAGGAACUACUGUUUCUGCGAAGGAGCAGUCGACAAUUCGAAAAUUACAGAGACAUCAUCAACAACAACAACAAAUUCCUUCUUCUACACAGACAAGACGCCCUACCGUUCGAAGUGGAGCCCCAGUGGUACAUCGAGGCUCAUCUGCUGUGCGUCAUUAUGGCUACAUGUAG